AUGUUGAGGAAACAUGGAGUGCAUCAACAGUUCGACCUUCCAUAUCAUCCUCAAUCGAGUGGCCAAGUCGAGGUCUCCAAUCGUCAAAUAAAGCUCAUUCUUGAGAAGACGAUUGCAAGGAAUAGAAAGGAUUGGUCGAACAAGUUAGAUGAUUCUCUUUGGGCUUAUAGGACGGCUUUUAAGACGUCGAUUGGUACCACUCCAUAUCGCCUUGUCUAUGGAAAAUCGUGUCAUCUCCCGGUAGAGCUUGAACAUCGUGCCUUAUGGGCCAUCAAGAAGAUAAAUUUUGACUUAGCUAGUGUGGGGGAGAAGAGGUGGUUGGAUCUUCAUGAGCUAAAAGAACUUCGACUUGAUGCUUACGAUUGUGCUAGCACCUACAAGGCUCGCUCCAAGGAGGUUCAUGACAAGUUGAUUGAGAAAAAAGAGUUUUGUGUAGGUCUCCCAUUAUCAUCACUUGUUGGAAAGAAGGGGUUUGAAGAAGAGUUUAGAGUGCAGGGGAGAGGGCUCCCCGAGGGCUAG